UUGUUAAGCGAAUCAAUAGCAAUCGAAGUGUCGAAACGUAACAAGCAAUGAAACCAUAUUUGUUGUUAUUAUUGGCGGCUAUGUGUUUGUACGCCGGCAGCGAAGCCAGGUCACCACAGGUCUGUGGCUAUACCACGCUCGAUGGCAAAAUGGUGUUUUUACAUUAUUUCCCCGGCAUAAAGGAGGGAGAGGAUUACAUCGAUAAUGGCAGCGGAACGGAUGGCGUGUGCUCGCAAAGAGCUGUGUGCCAGGAGGACUACUCUACGAAGGUCGAGUCCUGUAAUGAUUACAAAGUGGACUGCAAUAACCGCGGAAACGUUGAAACCGUAUUCCCAGCGUGCUGUAUGAAGUGUUAAAUGACAGGGAAGAGUACCAAAUGAAAUAAAUAGCGUUCGAUCGAUUCUGAAUUUUUGGCUGAUGCCGAGUUAUCGGAACUAAUAACAAAUGAACACUGUUAAAAAAGAUUGAAAUAAAGAAAAAUAUGGAAUUUAUAAA